CAUUCGUAAUUGUUUGUGGGUUUAGGUAGAGUGGUUGAUUAAAUCGAUCUCCACCACUCGUGUUACCGCUCACGUUAGUACAUGAGAUCAGUGCCAUGAUCCAGGAGGCACGACGAGGACGUGUGAGUCGGAUUUUGUCUCCCUUUCUUUUAUAUAUAUACCUGAAUUCAUGUGACUUUGGCAUAGACAAUAGACCAUAAUAAAAUGUCUGCCAAUCAUUUCUUUAAAAAAAAAUUUAUUUAUAAAUUACCCAUUAUGAUAAUAAAAAUUACACUAAAUUAUAGAUUAUAAGUAUGUUACUACUUGUGACAAUAAUUUAAGUAGUACCAAUAGUGAUAAUUAGUAGGCUGAAACCAUAUCUCUAUUAUCAACUUAGAUAUAUAUCCAUAUACAUAUAUUUAAUGUUUACAAACUUAACUAUUAUUUGUACAAACAUAUCUAUGCUCUACUAAUUCAAAUGAAAACCGGAUGUAAUAUUUGAAAAAUCCGAUUAUUAACUUGGAAUCAUAAUUAAUAAGCUUGAGAGACAAAUAUUUAACGUCUGUAUGUAUAUGUAUACACCUAUGUAAUACAACUAUAUGUGUGAUCAUAUGAAACGAUAAACUUUCCGAACUAGGUUGAAUUCAUUAAGCAUCUAUCAUCUCUGGGGUAAGUGUAUGUAUAUAACUAUUCACAUACCAUUGCAUAUAUAUAUAUAUAUAUAUUCAAGAAAGACGAGGAACUACUUAUCACUCCUCUAAAUAAACAAUAAAUAAGACCAAUAACUUCUUUUAAGUCUCCGGAAAAAGGAAUGACUGGUCAUCAUCAUCAUCAUUAUCAUCAUCAAUACAAAUGUUUUUAUUCAUUAUUCAAUAUUCUAUGGUUCUUUUUAUUCAUUGAAUUCAUUCAAACAAUUGAUAGAACAGAAUUAAAUGAAUUAAAUAUGUAUGAUCCAAUGAAAUGUCGUUCUGGAAAUUAUCGUGGCAAAGUUAAUAUAGCUUUUGAUGGAACAGAAUGUUUAGAUUGGAUAGAUCAUAAAUCAUUUUAUAAACCAUAUUGGUCUGAUGAUGAAGCAAGAAAACAUAAAAAUUAUUGUCGUAAUCCAGGAAAUGAUUCUUCUGGUCCAUGGUGUGUUGUUGGUAUAGGAAGAUUUAAAUAUUGUGAUGUACCAAGAUGUGCUGAGCAUAUUGGCUGUUAUGAAGGCAAUGGAGCAGAUUAUAAUGGAGAUCAGGAUCAAACAACUGAUGGACAACCUUGUGCAAAAUGGCGAGUUAGUAAUUCACGUAAAGAUAUUGGCCCAAUUUAUCGAUAUCGUCUACAAUAUAAUGAAACAACUAGUAAAUUACUAAGCACCUCCGAUUCUGAACUUGAUAAUUUUCGUGCAUGUCGAAAUCCAGGCGGUGUAAAAUCUCAACCAUGGUGUUAUCCAAUUAAAGUUCGUGGUGUUUCUUCUGGUAUACAACAUUGUGAUAUACCAAAAUGUUCUGAUCCAGGUACUCUUGGUUAUCCAUUAUUUAUUAAUGGUAGUCAAUGUAUGCCAAAUUUUGUUCUUCAAAAACAAUUUGUCAAAUUGGAAUCAUCUACUGUUGUUGUCGUUGACUAUUGUGUAGCUCCACAUGGUUUUAUUUAUCAAAGGCAUCAUAAUGCUAUAUACAAUAAAUUCAAACAAUUCUGCUUAUUUCUUGUUGGUAAAACAAUGUAUUGUCCAGCAGGUUUUAUACGUACUAGACGAUUUCAGCCAAGUUUAGAAUUUAUUGGUCAUCUUUCUGGUCCAACAGCAUGGAGACCAACAUUUGAUAAUAUCUUACAAAUAAUUACUUGUUGUGUACAACCUGAAUUUUGGACUAAUUCUACACGAACUCCGUAUAUAUCUAUUGAGAAAGUUUCACAAUACAAAGGAGACUAUAGCACUAGUACCAGUAACAAUAAUAAUAAUGGUAAAGAAGCACAAGAGUUACGUAAUAUAGACACGACAAUAUCACCUUUUACAAAUGAAGAUGAAGAUUGGUUUUAUGUAAAACCACGGCGUAGAAUAACAGUUGGUGAUUUCUUUCCAUUACGUCGUCGUAAAUGGAUAGCAAGAUGGAAACGUUCUACUUUUGAAAAUUAUACAGAUGAUAAUGUUGAGUCAGAAAUAACAAAGUCUGAUUCUUCUUCUUCUUCAUCAUCAUCUAUGACAUCAUUGUACACUUCAGAAACUUCAUAUACUCCACAAUCUACAGUACUAGAUCCACCGUUAUUUGUUUCUAUUUAUCAAUGUCCACCAGUCAAAGGAACAAAUCGACUUGUUGCACCAUUGUUUCGUAAUGUUCUUCCUGAUGAAACACUUAGUGAUGUAUUACAAAAUUUAUUUCCUGAAAUAAGUUGUGAAUAUAGAGAAGCUAAAUCAGAAUUCAUACCAAACGCUGAAACUCGAAUUAGCCAAUUAGCUCUUCUUAUUAAUGAACCAACAUGUCCAAUUGGUUUUACUAAAACACAAAUCUCACGACGUGUUGUAUUCAUACUUGGUACAAGUAUUAGUUUAUGUUGGUCAAUGACAAAUCGGUUUAAAUUAGAUAAUACAUCUUAUAGAAAUCAAUUACCUAUUGGAAAUUAUUGUUUAAUCACAGAUCAUUCAUUGAAUCAUAUUAAAUCAAAUGUAUUGCAAGAAAGUGAUAAAGAGAAACUUUAUAAUUAUAAAUGUCCACAAGGUUUACGACAAAAUGAAAUUCAUUUUGUACAAGUUGGUUAUCGUUUAAAAUUGUGUUGUUCUGUUAAUUUACCAACAAAUUUUACUGAUUAUGAAUAUGAAAAUAAAUUAGAUAAGAUCAAUUAUCAAGCACCAUUAGGAAUUACAUCACCAUUUGCUAUUAUACAAAAUGGUCCAAUAUGUCCAACAUUUUAUUCAGGCAAUAUUAAAUUAACAGUAGUACAAUACAAUCGUCCAAUUCCUCGCCCAUAUGGUGAUCAAAUUGAAUUAAUUGGACCAGAUAAUCCAGUCAAAUUAGAUGGAAUACCAAACAUAAUCAUUUGUCAGUAUUUAAAUCAAGAAAUUAAAUUAGGCGUGAAAUCACUUCGUUAUGAUUGUGAUGGUUUGGGACAUCGAGAAGUCAUGAGCUAUGGUGGAGCUACGUGUGGAUUUGAAGUGAACUCUACAGUAGUUUUCCCACCUGGGAAAUAUUGUUUCUUACAAUUAUCCUCCACAUGCCCUACAGGAUUCACAUCAAGAAAUGGUGUUGAUCGAUUCGGUUUCAGUUUACAAAGUCUUGGUAGUACAUGUUGUCGUACUGAAGAAUCGAUUGGAGCAAUUAAAUUACCAAUUAAUUUAGAAGCCCCGUUUAAGCUGCCUGCAGUUUAUCAACCAUGUCAAGCAAUAGAGAAUUUCAAUGUUGAUGCCGAAUUACAUCAUUGUGUUUAUUACCCGAAAGGAAAUAGAUCACAUAUAAUGUUGGUAUGGCCACGUGUUGUUUCCAACUUAAAUGACACUAUAAACGGGAGUGAUAAUAAUAAAACUUCUGUGCCAAAGUACUGUUCAAAGUUACCUGGAAAAAGGGUCGGAUUUCGAAGAAGUCAAUUGGGUCGUUUAUCUGCAUUAUUCUUUAAUAUAAUGCAAGAUCAAUGGUUAACAUAUAAACGACCACGUUGGACAACACGUAUAAGUGAUUCAACUGAUAUAUGUUUCAAUGAAUUGAAUUUAGAAAAUAUUCCUGUAUUAACUCAACCGUCGACUGGAUAUUGUAUAUCGGUAUUUGGUAAUUGUCCAUAUAAAUUCUUUAGAGAAGUUGGAGCUGCACCAUAUAUGAAUACAGUUAUUUGUUGCCUUAUUAAAGAAUAUAUUCCGGAAGUGGAUAGAUUAAAUCAGACAUCAUCAUCAUCAACAACGUCGACGAGCUCAUUAAGAGUUCGUUCAUUUGUUACUUUGGGUUGGCCAACAAAAGAUGACAAGAAGGAAUUAAAGAAUUUCACCGGUACCAAAGUGUUAACUACGUAUGAACAAACUAAUUCACAAAAGUAUUUAAAAGAUUUAAAUUACUGCCCUCAAUUUCGUGAUAUACAAUUAAAACGACGUGUUGUUGAAAGUAUGUACAUACCAGAGAAUGUCUCAUUAUCAUCACGCCUACAAAAUAAACAAUUAUUUGGACAGUAUAAAAAUUUACAUACAUUGUUCAAUGUCUCCAAAUCGAAUGGCUUACAUUUUGAAAGCCAAACUGGUAUAUGGUCAGAAAAUGAUAUUGUACAUGUGAUAUAUUGUGAAUAUGGUACAGGUAAAACACCUGGUACAGAUGAUCAUCGAAAUUGGCCCGUAUCAAACUAUGCUAUACCAAAAUCAUUAAAUGAUUGUCCAAAAGGUUCUGUAAAAGCAACAAUGAGACAUCAACAAGACAGAUAUGGAUUUCAUUAUUCUCAACCAAUUCAUUUGGAUGGAGUUUAUUUUAAGCGUAAAAAAGAUAUACUAUUGGACUAUUGUGUAUUUACUGAUGAUCAAACUGCACAUCGUACAGGAAACUAUGGUGGUGAAGAAUCUCUCCCAGCUGGUCAUUACUGUGUACUACGCGUCAAUGGUAAUUGUCCAGCAGAUUUCAGUGAAGGAUUGUUAAGUAUACUUGAAGGACCGGAAAAACUGACACGUUCCAAAGACACCUCAGAUUCAUCCAUAAACCGAAAUAUAGACUUACUACAACAAACAACAACUUCUACACCAGAUAUUAUUCGUGUAAGAGCACAUAUGAAAGAGAGUACAUCAAAAAUUGAUCGAUUAAAUUAUCAUUUCUGUUGUCGAACUGAUUCACCAAGUGUUGACAGUCCAAUUGAUGGUUUCCCUGCCGAAACUGGUCCUUUUUAUUUGUACAGGGUUGGAGAUAAAUGUCAACAAAUUACUGGAAUGCAUGUUACUGAAGAAUAUAUUUGUGUAGAUGCACCUAAUCGAGGUGAUCCAAACUGGUGGUCAAUUGAUCAAAAUCAUACUUGGUCACCAUAUAAUGUGAAAGGUUUAACACCGGCACGUGUACCAUAUCAUGAUUUUUGUGAUGUGGAAAUUAAUUUAUGCUAUUAUGAACAAGCUGCUCCCGUCUCAGAAAAUGAAGUAACAGAAAGUUAUUAUUUUCAAACUGAAUGGCCAUUAGGUCAAUAUGCCUUACCAAAUGUACAUAGAAAUGAUUUAGAUAAAGCAUGUCCACCUGGAUUUACACAACAUUAUUAUUCAUUAAUUAAUAAUCAAGCAGCAUUUUUUGAAUUAGAAUUAAUGCCAAUGAGUUUAGGUCCAUAUUUUUUAGAAUUAAUGGGACAUAAUUAUAGUGCAUUAAAUGUACAUUAUUGUGAAAGAAAUAAUAUAAAUACAAAUGAUGAAUUCAACAAUGAAACAGGAGAAGUUAUAAUUGAAGGCAAUAAUGAAGAAGAAGAAAUAGUUCGGUCUUCUUCUUCAUCGUCAUCAUCGGGAUUAUUAAAUGAUGAUAAAAAACUUCCUGAGUCUCAAUGGCCUAAAGGUGAUUAUUGUGUAAUAUCUACAGCUGAAAAUCAUCAAUGUCCACCAGGUCUUCAUAGACAUGCCCGAGCAUUCUCUGAACUUUGUUGUCGAACUGAUAAUAUUAAAGAUCCUAAACCUGUAAACUGGCCAUUUAUCGAAGAUUUCUUCUUAUUUGGUGGUGAAAAAUGUUUACCGAUAAAAGAUACCCAUGUGGAACGUUAUCUCGUACGAUUGGUUUCUGGUUCAGAAGGUAAACAUGAACCUCAGUGGGAUGUUCUAUGUCAUUAUUUACCGAUUUCAUGGAUGAACGACACCAUAGAAUGGCCAGCUGGUGAAUAUAUGCUUCCUAUAGGAAGACGUAGUGGCUUGCGUACAUCGUAUGUGACAACAGUUGCUGCAGACAAUGAUCAGAUUAAUACAACAGCAACAUCUACAAAUGUUCAAGAUGGUAAAAAUUCUAUCAGUGGUAGUAAAUAUCAAUGUCCAGAAACAUUUGAACGUAAACGUUUUAUAUUUGCAAGCAGUGAAACUGAACAACAAUUAAUGAGCAAUCCGAACACCAAUACAGAGACUAUAUUCAACAUAACCGCCUACGUUACCAUGGAAUUUUGUGUACAUACUAAUGAACAGAAUAGUAGUAGUGGUACUACAAGUGAAUUUUCAUCAUGGCCUGCUGGUGAUUACUGUAUAUUUACCAUGAAUACACAUUGCCCGAUUGGAAUGAAAGCUUCCAGAGAAUUUCCAUUGAAAAUUCCACGUUUCAUUUUAAAAAGUAUUCAUUCUAUAUCAUCAGAUGGUGAAAUAAUUCCUAAUAGUCAUUGGCAUGAAGAUGUUGAAAAUCAUGUUGUUUAUUUUAUGCAAUGUUGUCGUGAAGAUAAAACUCUAUUGUUACGUGUACCACCAUCAAAAGAUGGUUUUUAUUUAGCUAGUAGUUCUGGUUUAUGUUCUAGUGUACCAGGGACUGUAUUGGAUAGAGAGAAAAUUACUACCUAUCUUACAUCACCAUUACAUAGUAAUAGUAAUGCUAUGAAUAAUAAUCGUAAAUCAACUGUAUUAAGUGAAAAAGAUAUGUUAUUAUAUCGUGAAACACUUGCUCAACGUGAAGGUCUUCUCUAUUUAUGCUAUUAUCAUCCAGCCAAAGGAAUUGAUUAUACUACAUCAAUACUUGGUACACGUUAUUCUAUAAGUCAAAAUAUUUCUGAAAAAGAUAUUGAUGAAAUAGCUAGACUAUGUGGUUGUGCACCGAAUGCAUUUUGUUUAUUAAAUAAACAAGCUGAAUGUAUUUGUAAACCAGGUUAUUACGGUGAUGGACGUUACGUAUGUGCACCAAUUACCCCGCUAACAGAUGAAUGUGCUGACUUAUGUGACCCAUCAGCAGUAUGCGCUGAACAUUUGGGUGUUAGUUUAAAGAAAAAGCAGUUACUCAGUCAUAUGUGUAUUUGUCGUCCAGGAUUUGUUGGUGAUGGUUUUUCAUGUAAAUCAGAUUGUGUUGCACGAGAAUGUCAACCAUUCAGUAGAUGUAUACAUAAUAUCCCAAGAGGUAUCACUGAAUGUGUUUGUAUUGAAGGAACAAUACUAUCUGGUACACGUUGUCACUUGGAUGUAUAUAAAACAUUGGAACAAGAAAAAGAUUUACCUCAAUUCAUUAUAGAUCAUGAUCAUUGUCUUUCAUCAGAAACACAAUUAGCUUUAAGAACAUUGAAUCCACCAAAAUAUUUUUAUAUAUUUGUCCCAUCCAGUAUAAUUACAAGUUGCACAGAUGUUAAAGAGCAUAUAGUUGUACGAUCAAAACCUUUAACUAUGAAUGAACUUAAAUAUGCUACAGUUCAAUCACCUAUUAAAUUAAUCACUGAAAAUAAUACUCUGAUUGAAGUUUAUCCCAAGAAUGGUACACUUAUGAUUGAUGGUCACCUAGCUCAAUUUGAAACUGUGAAAUUUGUCAAUGGCCAAUUAUACUAUUUAUCCAAUCCAUUAAAACGUACAGUGUGAUAAAUCUCUAAUUACCUCUACGUUUACGAAAAGCAUUCGCCAUAAAAGUUUACUAUAAUAACGACCAGUCAGUCAAGAAACACUGUUCAGUUAUAAAGCAAUCAAUGAUAAAACACAGUGAAAAUUACAAUGGAAUGAUGAUUUUGUCAUGAUUAAUUAACCAAUACAUGUUUAGUGCAUUAGAUUUACAUAUUGGGAAUUGGGCUAGUGUUAUAAGUUAGGGUUCUCGUGACUAGUUGGUAUCAGUUAUAUUGCUUAAAUGUAUGGGUUAAGUAAAAGAAGUAAUAGUCAUGUGUUGGAAUUACAAAUUAAGGCUGAAGGUUUCAUCAUGAAUUGAUGUUAACUAUGCUAUACCACAUUUGUAUUUACAUAGGGUUAUUAUUUAGAGUCAAGAGUUAAAGUGAGAGAAUACAGCAUUGAUUAUACAUAGAUUCAAAAAUGGUCUGGUACGGCCAGGCGUAUAUAAUAACUGUCAAGAACGUCCUACUCACUGCCUUCUCGCGUUAGGGGUGUUGUUUACAAACUAAAGAGGACAAAAACCGAAUUUCUGGGACUUGAAGUGGGUUAGUGGGUAUGGAACAUUCACUUAGGGUUCUUGCGAAACUGUGAUUGCAAACCAGUGAUGAACAUAGGCUCUUGGAUCCUGAGAAAACAAACAGUGUAUGAGCCUAUUGUUGGUCAUUGACUACCAUGAGAGCACAUCUCCAAACUUUUCCCCACCAUUUUGUGGAUUAGAUCUCUUGGUCAAAGGCUCGGGGAGUGACCUCCUAAUAAAACCACUUACUUUGCUUCAGGCAACCAGGCACUAUCCCAACCCACACAAAAAUCUUUCGUAGUGCAUAUAUAAUUCUGUGCCCCUUGGUAACAAUGUUUUUGUUGAAAUAAAUAAAUACAGACUUUAACACUAUCUACAUCAACAAUAGAUAUUUCAUAUAAUUUGACUUGAACACCAUGUCAUAUUCACUGUUUGGUUGCGUAGUAUGUAAUUAAAGAAACCAAUUUCAAACAUGGUUAGAAGAGAUGGAUAGUGGCUAGCAGUGGAGUCCUAUUUGGGACUCGUCAGCUG